AUUUCUCAGUCACCGCCUUCUCUCUCUUUCUCUCUCCCCUUGCUUUUAGUCUCUCUCUCUCUCUCUCCACAGUUCCAGCGGUUUCAGGACACACACUCAAUGUCUGGAGAGGAGGAGCGUUCAUCGCUGCCGGAGCGGAGUUCUGGUGGAGUGGAAGAGAGUGGAAACCGAGUGGCGGCGUUCAACCCCGAUUCCAGUUGCGUACCUUCCAGUCCCAGAGUGAUGGAUGCAAUUGGAAGCAUGCAUGGUCCUGGCCCUAUAGACAAGCAAGUUUUGCAUCUACAAGACCAACAUCGUUCUGUUGAGAUAUGGGAUGGAUACGAUCCAGGACCCUUGACUUGUAGACAUAGACAGUCCACGGCUUUGAGACGGUGGGCCCCCCAUCCACGCAUGUUUCCAUACAUGUCACGUGCUGGAUUCUACCAUGUAUAUCGACUAGGGUUUGGGUUCAAAAUAGAUUGGCCAUUAAUGACUGCCCUUGUUGAGCGCUGGCGACAAGAAACUCACACUUUUCAUUUGUCUAUAGGCGAGACUACAGUGACCCUACAGGAUGUUGCUGUACUCAUGGGGCUUAGGAUUGAUGGGCCACCUGUGACGGGUGCUAGCAUUAGUAAUUGGGCACCCUUGUGUGAGCAAUAUUUAGGAGCUAGACCAUCUAAGGAGCACUUGCGAGGGUCGUCCCUUAAAUUGACAUGGCUACGAAAACAUUUCAUGGUUUUGCCAGAUGAUGCAACUGAUGAGGUUGUAGAGAGAUACACCCGAGCAUAUAUAUUAUUUCUCAUAGGAGGACAAUUAUGUCCUGACAAGUCGGCGUCCUCGGUGCAGUUAUUAUAUCUUCCAUUGUUGGUAGAUUUUGACUAUUGCGGAACACUUAGUUGGGGAGGAGCAGUGCUUGCAACCUUGUAUAGAGCCCUUUGUCGUGCAUGUCAGCGUGGUGUACAUGAGAUUUGUGGUCCCCUGUUACUACUACAAUUAUGGUCUUGGGAGAGACUGCAUGUUGGCCGGCCUACCAGACUUCACUUGCCAGAGGUGGAACUAGAUAAUGACGGAGCACCUGUUGAUCCACUAGGCCGUAGAUGGAGGGUUCGAUUUUCCAACCAGAAGAACCCGGUCCCGCAUAUUCUUCAAAUUUAUCGUGAAAAGUUGGAUCAGCAAACUGAGGACCAGGUUAUUUGGCAGCCAUACACACCUAAUGUUCUUGCUGAGUUACCGGCUAUUUGUCUCGAUGGGCAGCACAUUUGGCGUGCGGAGGUGCCGCUCAUUUGUUUUGACAUUAUCGAGUGGUAUUUCCCUAGACGUGUUAUGAGACAGUUUGGAUUGGUGCAACUUAUACCUCCUGGUGUUGACACUGAAUUAGCGUUGCACAAACAAGAUAGGCGGGGUAAGCGCACUUUGGAUUGGGUGGCUCGUCACGCACGUUAUGUCGAGCUAUGGCAAAGGCGUCAUGAAUCUGUGGUUGUUGGACAACCAUGGGAUACACAUCUUCAUCAUCAUGGCGAUUAUAUGACUUGGUUUCGACGGAUUACUCGUCGAAUUAUAUCUCGAGGGAUGCAAUUUCAGUCAUCGGGUGAUAUUAGAAAUACUUUGCAACACGUUGUUUGGAUCUGUGAGAGGGGAUCUUUUGCACUGGGAUCUUGGGGUACAGAGGGUGGACGAGAAGCUCUUGCAAAUUUGGUGUCGACUGCAAAUCAAUGGCAGCAAAUGCUCCGGGAUUUGCUUCCACCUAAUGAUCCCAGUGAGCAACCACUUCAGCACCGACUGGUGGAGGAAGCGGGUCCUAGUCGGCCAAAGAGGAAGACGAGGGCCCCGUGCAAUCUACAGCGACCUAACAUUGUCAGUCCACAACCACUCCAGCACCAAGCGGGGAAGGAAGCAGGUCCAAGCCGCUCAAAGAAGAAAAAAAAGCCCUCAGACAAUCUAGAACCGUCUAAUGAUGUCAUUCAGCAACCACCAGUAGCGGAAGCGGCUUCCAACCCCCCAGGGAGAAGGAAGAAGCCCGAAAGCAAUGUGCAACAACCUCAUGGUGUUUCUCAGCAACCACUUAAGUCCCCACCACCCAAGGAGGAAGUAGCAGGGCCUAGUCGCCAAAACAGGAAGAAGAAGCCCCGAAACAAUUGAUUUUGGUUUCCUAUAAUUUGAUAAUGUAAAUGCUAUUUUGCUUGUGCUUGGAUGCUGUUGCUUGGUGUGUGUAAGUUUCUCAGUUUUAACUGAACUUCACCUUGAAGACUUUCUUGCAUUCAAGCUUUUAGAUAUUAAAUGCACCCUCAAUCUAUGGGGUUGUGUCUAAUCCAAUGCUUGGGAUCUGAAAAUUUUAUUGCUAGCUCGUUCCUUUUGUAAAUUA